UCGCGUAGCUUAUAAAUGUUUUGUUAUUUUUCUACAGGUUCGAAGAUUGGAAAGCUUACAUCCGCAAAUUUAAACGGAUGUGAUAUGACCAAAGAUGUUUGUGAUUUAAUACGAAAUACGAAUGCAUCAAUUGAAGUAGACUUCACAAUUGAGGCGGAUGUGUCUAAAAUAUAUGCAGUUGUACAUGGAAUUAUCAUGGAUGUUCCUAUAGCUUUUCCAUUACCAAAUGCAGAUGCUUGUGAGACUCCUACUUCAGGAAUCACAUGCCCUGUAACUAAGGAUACAGCAUGUCACUACAGAAACACAUUACCAGUAUUAAGUAGUUAUCCUAAGCUCUCCUUGACCGUCAAAUGGGAACUUAAAAAUGAAAAUGGCGAGGACAUACUUUGCAUGCUGAUUCCUGUAAAAAUUAAGUAGGUGACAUUAAUUGGAUAUACUUUAAUUUCAUGUUUGAGAAAAUUGUGUAUUUUACAAAAGUUGUAUGAAAUAAAUACAAAACUUAGUAAUAAAAAAUGUUGUUCUCCAUGUUUCUUAAGCUGCAUUGUUUCAAUGUACAUGAUAUACAAAAAUUUUGUACAAUGUUUAUUGUAGUGAAUAAAAUAAAUAAGGAGCUUAACAAUA